AUGGCACCCACUACCCCCGUCGUGCUCGAACCCUACUGUCAGGCCGUUUUGGAUAAUCUUCCUGAGUUUGACAUCACUCAAAUCCCUCCUGAGCUCACGCGUGCUGCCGAGGGUAAGGUGCCCGUUGAUGUACCUGAAGUGCUUGAAGAGCGCAAGUCGAUCCCUAGCCGCGACGGUUCCAAGUCCAUCAGCCUCACAAUCACUCGUCCUGUCGGUAGUGAGAACAAGGUUCUUCCCGUUAUUAUCUACCUGCACGGCGGAGGAUGGGUUUUAGGUAGUGAAUUGAAUUACAAACCAGUCCGCUACGAGCUCACUGUCCGUGCCAACGCCGUUGUCAUUUUCGUAAACUACUCACUAUCCCCCGAAGUGCGUCAUCCUGUUGCCUUGGAAGAAUGCUAUGAUACCCUUGAAUGGAUUGCUAAAAACGGUGCCUCCAUCAAUGUCGACACGAGCAAGCUGGUCGUUGCAGGUGAUAGCGCUGGCGGUAAUCUCACUACUGUCUUAUCAAUGCUCGACAAGAAACGCGGUCUUAAUGCCAUCAAAUACCAAGUACUUUACUAUCCCGUGACCGAUGCCAACUUUUCCACUGGCUCGUACAAUCAGUUCCAAGAGGGCUAUUACUUGACGCGCAAGAUGAUGGAGUGGUUCUGGAAUCAGUAUGUUCCCGAAGAAAAGGAUCGUCGCGACAUUACCGCAGCACCUUUACAUGCUUCGGACGAGGAUUUGAAGGGAUUGCCACCAGCUUUUGUCAUGACGGCAGAAGCCGAUGUAUUGCGUGAUGAAGGUGAGGCGUAUGCUCGGAAGCUUGUGGCUGCUGGUGUUCAAGUCACUGCCGUGCGCGUGCUGGGCUUGAUUCACGGUGUAUUCAACGUUGGCAACUUGAGCCCUCUCACUUCAUGGGUUGUUGAUCAAACCGUGGAGACUUUGCAAAAGUUUUGGGGGACGCGUGCGAACCUUUGA